AUGUGUGAUGAAGACUCAGACAAUAACACGAUCCUCACCUCUGCUGGGUCCCGCUGUGCCAACGCAAACGCAAGCAAUGUUAUGAUGCAAUCUCCACGAACCACCCAACUUUUCCAACGAGGCCAAAGGGGAGAGGUCUGGAAGGGGUGGGCCGGGAUUGAAGCGGAGCGUGAGGGCGGUGGCCCCCGAACUUUGAAUUUAGCGACUGUCGUCGUUGUCGUCUGCACUUCGCAUCCCACUCGUCCACAUCGUCCCCCCUCUUGCCCAACACCACAAACACCUCCUUUGCACGCUGCCAAACCCAUAGCUAUCGCCAGCUCGACACUCUUCGCCUGCAAGCCGCUUUGA